CUUCCGGGUCACAACAGAUGGUGCCUUGCUUUCCGGUUUUCUGUGGAGGUCGGUGAGGACUGUACUUCGCUUUGACUGAGUACUGUAUUUGUUGUCCUUUUCUCACCUUCUAGCAUGGCUCCCGAGUCUUCUGCAGGGGUACCGACACCUGGACAGAGAGGCGCCCCCUAUCAGAACCCAUUGGGCAUGGCAUAUGUUCCAACAGAGGAGGAAAGAAGAGUGUUUAAGGAGUGCAAUGAUGAGAGUUUCUGGUAUAGAUCUUUGCCAUUCACUGCUGUAGGCAUGUUUGUCACCCAAGGAUUAAUUGCCAGGGGAAUACUUACUUCCUCGGCACGAUUUGGUUCAUUUCCCAAGGUUGCAUUUGCUGGUGUCUGUGGUUACCUAGCUGGAAAAAUGUCAUAUAUGAAGACCUGUCAGGAGAAGUUUAAAACCCUUGAGAACUCUCCACUUGGAGAAGCCCUUCGUCGAGGCCAUAGGCCACUGCCAUCUCAAUUUUCAUUUAAUGAGUCAGAAUUUGUAAAGACAAAGAGAAAUGAUCAACAGUCUUCAGAUUCAGAUCCCAGCCCAGCUCCCCAAAACUACAGUGAUGACUUCAGUUACACAGAGCGAUCAUUGUCAACAUAUGAUUCCGUUCCCUUUAGCACCACCCUUAGUGAGUCUGCACCUACAGAUGUGCUAUUAGAAGAAGAAAGAGCAGUACGGAAACCAAUAACUUAUGAGGAGUUAAGGAGUAAAAAUAGAGAAAAUUAUGAAGUGACAAUGACUCAGAAGAAUGAAACAAUGGUUAAACCCCCACAAGAAAAAGUUCUCCCAAAAAAAGAAGAGAAGAAAAACAAGUAUGGAGAUACAUGGGAAGAGUAACACAGCUGUUGUUGACUAGGCCUACAUUUUAACAUUUGUAUAGUGCUAUGCAGACUUUUACCAAAGUCUUCAAUAUUUUUCAUACAUUUGCAAUAGAUUGGAACAAUGAGCUGAAAUCUGAAGAAAAUUUUUGCUGUUCAAAAAUAAUAUGGUAACUUCAAUGUUUUCAGAAUACAAAUCUAGUUACAAUUAUUGUUUUUUUUUUUUUUUUACUUUAUUUUGGGUCUUGUUAUUUAGAUAAACAAUGAUAAAUUCUUGUCUACCACUUUGGGUGGUUAGCAGAAACAAACAACUUUAUCCAAAGACAUUACUGUUGUACUGCAAACUAAGAUUUGUAAUUUGUUUCAAUAAAAGUGUUGCUGAAAAUAAA